GGAGGUUCCCCCCCUUUUUAUUUCGAAAUGUUGUACAGUUCGAUGGAUCACGCCAGAAUAACCAUCCUUUAUGGGGUCACAAACGUAAAAAAAAACGUGAAAAACAACUUUUGCUACAAAAAAUGUACGCAAGGGCUGAUUGCAGGGGUUAACGUUGUCUGAUUUUCAAAAUUUUCUUCCAUAUGUUUUAAAUUUAAAUUCUUUUAAAACUAAAAACUCAAAAAAUUUAAAUUUAAUUUUUUUCAAAAUUUUUCCAUUAAAUCUGAAAAACAGACGACGUUGUCCCCCGCAGUCGGUCAUUGCGCACAAUUUUUGUAGCAAGACUUUUACUCCAGCAUGCUUUGUUAUUGCAGGAUCCUUGGCAAACGUUUUACACUGCAGUAAAUGCUCCUCACACUUUAUCAAACUAUGUCAGUUUGGAAAGGACGAUUGGGUUUGAAUUUGACGGAUUGUAACAAGGUGACUAGAUAGCCCAAAGUGUUCUCUACAGUAGAAUACUUUUGAAAAAAGGUCACUUCCAGAUAGAGAUGAUGACUAAAUAAACGAGAUCUUGGAAUUCACCUACUUGUUAAAAUGUAGUGAAAGAGAAAGAAAACAAAAUGGAAAACCUUGAAGGUAGAAUGGUGAAUGUGUCGCAGCAUCUUACUCCGUCUUGAAAAAAAAGUAGUUUUCUGUGCGGUACCUUCUAGCAUUUGGGUAAUUCUUUCGCUAGUGUCUCACACUGUACAUGAACGACUGCCAAAACAAUAUAAUAAAGAUACUAAAAGUAUUUAAUAUUCAUCUUUUAACAAUUGUUCCGCUAAUUGACGCGUAGCAGUUAAUUUGCCAACAUAUAAAUUUCUGUGUGCGAACUUCUUGAAAGUAAAAUAGAAAAUGUCUGAUAAUACUACGCUGUUUGGAACCUCUAACAUAAAAUGCUUGUUGUCAAAAGUAAAAAAAUUAUAUGCACAUCAUUCUGUCGUUGAAAAUCGAAGGCGUUUUCUUAACAUUUAUAUGAUAUUCAUGAUUAGCAGAAAAAGUUGCAUAGACUCCAUGGGUUUUUAAGGAAAUUCUUGAAAAGUGUGUUCAACUUUGCAUGAGAAAUACUGCAGAUGUACUUAAACCCCGUCCACAUUAGAAGCCUAGUGGGCUUCUAUUAUGUCCCGCAAGAAAGGCAAAAUUUUGCAGAAAAUUGCCCCUACCGUAUGGGGGCAGGGGUACUUUUCAAAAAAUUUUUUGACUGACUGAGCUUCUAAUGCGGGCGGGCUUGUAUUAUGGGGUGGGCUUCUAAUGUGAGGGGGGUUUAACAAAGUCGAUCUAUUUUUUCUGUUACGAGUAACGAUAAAUUAACAACAGUUUUAUUUGAAAUUGAUCAACAUCAAACAUCUACAAGGAGACCAUUUACUAAUAUUUCAUCAAAGAGUUCCAUCUGAUGUGAAAAACAAGCUUUGUUGUUUGUUAGUUCGAUAUUUCGAAUAACAUCUGGUAACUAUGAUGCACGAGAAGAAAAUAAAUAUCGUUAAACUAACAUCAUGUCAUGAUACAGACCAUGAUUUAAAACGAAUAUUUGAAACAGAUAUGAACAAAACGUUUCACGUGCCCGUAGCGCAAUUCGCAGCUGUACUCGUUCCACAACCCGUUUCGAAACAACAAAUACAAGAAAAUUUAAAAUUAUUGAAACAAUGA